CAGAGAAUUUUCUAGUUUUUAUCCGUUUCUUUAUUAAUUGUAACCAUCAUUCUCCUCCCUCAACCUUCUAUUUCUCUCUCUUUCCGUCUCUGUUCGUCUCUUCAAGUCUGAAGAAUGAUCGCUCUUCGACUGAUCAUCACUUCAUACCCAGCUCCUCCUUCACAUCCCAAUUCAUCCAUCAUUCCCUUCUCAACUCCUAAAUUUGGUUCUCUUUCCUUGGCAACAGGAGCCCUUUCUCCGUUGGGUGUGAAAUUGUUUUCCCACUCCCGAUCUACCUCCAUUUCGACAAUCCGAAGUGCUGCCACCAAGCCCGUGAAAUCGCCAGCUGAAGAAGAUUGGAAAAUCAAGCGUGAAUGUCUACUUCAGAAAAGGGUACGCAGUGUGGAUGUAAAAGAAGCCCUACGUCUUCAGAAAGAAAAUAACUUUGUAAUCCUUGAUGUCCGUCCUGAGGCAGAAUUCAAAGAGGGUCAUCCACCUGAAGCUAUCAAUGUCCAAAUCUAUAGACUCAUAAAGGAAUGGACAGCCUGGGAUAUUGCUAGGCGUGCUGCAUUUGCAUUCUUCGGCAUCUUUGCUGGGACAGAAGAAAACCCUGAGUUUAUACAAAGUGUGCAGUCAAAAUUAGAUAAGAACUCAAAAAUAAUAGUUGCUUGCUCAUCAGGAGGAACAAUGCGACCAACCCAAAAUCUUCCUGAAGGCCAACAAUCAAGGUCUCUAAUAGCUGCUUACCUGCUCGUUCUCAACGGAUAUGACAAUGUUUUCCACUUGGAAGGAGGUCUAUACUCGUGGUUUAAGGAAGGAUUACCUACAGUUUCAGAGGAGUGAAGUUGUUGGAUCAGAAUCCAUG